AUGCUCGUUCACAUCUUGCAGAGCGUCAAAUAUGCCCAGCAUCUCAAAACUCAAAUAGUAACAUCUUCUCCCAGCACUCCUGCUGUCGCUCGUUAUGGCCUAAUACUACUGCUAACCGUCCAGAAUACGGCCACGGUCCUUUGUCUGAGGGCCUCCAUGAUCGGCCAUCACCCGUCCAGCAGCAGCCAAAAGUACCUGGUCUCCACCUUGGUCCUCACCAUGGAAACCAUCAAAAUCACUCUGAUUACGGCCCUGAUUGUCGUCACCGAAGGGAAUUUCUCCGUCAAAGAAGCGGUCAAGCUGCUGCACAAGGAGAUUGUGUGCCGGCCGCUGGAGGCCUUGCCUUUGGCCGUGCCCAGUUUCCUCUACGUCGUCCAGGACAAUUUGAUUAUUUACGCCCUGUCGUGUGUCGACGCCACCACCUACCAAGUAACGUAUCAGGCCAGAAUAUUGACGACGGCCUUGUUCGCCAGGAUUUUGCUCAAUCAAGUCUUGCCAAUCCAAAGGUGGCUCGCCCUGUUGCUGCUCAUGUCGGGAGUCAUUCUGACUCAGGUAACAGUCAAUUUCAAUGGACAAAUUGGAGAUUGGAGUUGGCGAGCUCAAAGAGAAGACGCCACUUAUUGGCUGGGCCUUUUGGCCAUCGGUUUCGCUUCGGUCAGUAGCGGAUUCGCCGGCGUCUACAACGAGAAGAUCAUCAAAAACGGACAGCAGCCGCUGCUGCUCAUCAGAAGUUUCCAGCUCAGUUUGUUUUGCGUUUUCUUCGCCUUGAUGGGCGUUGUCAUCAAGGAUGGGUCAGUCGUCAUUCGUCAAGGCUUUUUCCACGGCUACACUCCCUUCGUGUGGCUCAUAGCCGCCAUGCAGGCUGUCGGCGGGAUACUCGUGGCCGGAACGAUGAAAUACGCCGACAACAUUUUGAAAACGUUCGCCACCGCCAAUUCGAUCGCCCUGUCCUGCGUCCUCUCCUAUUUCCUCCUGGGCGACGACGACACCUUCACCCCGACUUUCCUCAUCGGCACUUGCGUCAUUAUAUUGGCCACUUUUCUCUAUUCCGCCAAUUCUGUGCAGCAGCCGACUCAUCGUCAACCGCUUCCGUCAACCCAGCAAUCCCUUCCGCUUCCCAGUCGCCGUUGCUCCAAUAGUAAUGAGCAGCAAUGA